CAUCCGCCUCACGGUCAGCACAGGUCAUAGCUCUUCGUAUAACAGUGUUACACGGUGCGGUUAAUAAGUGUGCUCCAGUGUGACCUACUAAGGCACAAUGCGGAUAUACUUCUUAGCAACAGUUUUUCUCCUCUCCGUCAUCCACUGCUACAGCACCCCCAUCAUAGUCUCCCGAGAAACCAAAUCCCUAGAACAAGUCGAAAAAGAAGGCAUCCGAGCUGAAGAAACCACAGGUGUGACCAACCCCGAACCUCUAACCACCGAAGCCCCCAAACAAGAAUCCCCAACCACCGCAGCCCUCAGUGAUGAAGCCAAAUCUGUAACAGAACUCCCUAAAGAAACUGGUCGACAGUCAUCCGACGACGACGACGACGACGAUGACGACGACGACGAUUUGGGGCUAGAUAUCGGAGACGACGAUGAUGAUGAUGAUGACGACGACGACGAUGGGGACGACGAUGAUGACGACGGAGACUACGACUUCGACAGUUUCUUUGACGAUAUUCUUGGAGGUGAUGAUGACGACGACGAUGAUGACGAUGACGACGACGAAGACGAUACCGUGGCUGCUGAUGUUCCUGUGGUUUCUCCCGUGUCGGCGCAGCCUGUUGUCGCCCCCAGUGAGACUCUCGUGGAGGACGCCACUGGUGACGAAGUCCUCGAGGAGCACUCAGCGGGAGAAGGGGAUAGUGAUACUGGUACGGGCGCUGAAACCUCUGAAACCGAAUCCUUGAUUGAUAAGAACCCAACUGAGAGUAACGAACCGGUCGUGGUCGACGAAGUGCCGGCGAACGAUGCCGAGGAUGACGACGACGAUGACGAUGACGAUGACGACGACGACGACGAUUUGGAGGGUUUGACUGAGGACGAUGACGAUGACGAUGAUGACGAUGACGAUGACGAUGACGACGACGAUGACUUCGAUGAUGUGAUUGAAGCCAGACGAUCACGUGCCAUGCAAACCCCAAAAAUGCCCGCCAUAUACAUAUCAAAAUACAACAGAUUCGUCGACAACAUAAUCGGCCGCAUCAACAAAAUCCUCGGCAAGUCUUACGACCCCGUCCGAGUGAAAAUCCUAGCCAACGACGCCAAAAAGAACAAGAAAACCGCGACCAAGAAAACCACCAAGAAAAACAAGAAACGAACCAACUCGAAACGACGAACCGCGGCCACUAACAGCAUGACAAACAAAAUGGCGGAGAUCGCCAUUGCUAGAUCCGACAACGGCGACAACGAGCCUUCGUAUAUACUAAUUUCCAAAACCAGCGACAGAACACCCGAAUUGAGAAACAACAUUCGGACAGGGAACAGAGCUACGAACAACAAGAACAAGAAGAAGAACAACAACAACAACAACAAGAACGGGAAUAAGACUAAAAGCGGAACGAAGAACAAGACACCCAAGGCGAAAGCCACGCUUUUCGGGCUCAGUUCCAUCAGGAGAGACGGCGACGUCAGUGUGAACAUGAUGGCCAACCACACCACAGUGAAGACGAACUUUGUGUUGGGACCCCUGACGCUGCGGGUCGAACGAGAGAUGGGGCGAGGUGCCAAGAGGGAAGUGAAGAGCGCCACAGCCACCACGGCACAGAUGCAUGGACGUCUUAAUCUUCGUAUAGUUCACGGAGGCGCGGCUACUCUUCACUCAAUAAAAGUUCUGCAGCCGAAACAGGUUCGCGUCGACAGUGCUGACGACCACGAAAAAACCAAAGAGUUCAUGUGGAGGAGGAGUCCCCAUAUUGCCUCCCUUGUUUCUCAGAAGCUUGCCUCUGCGACCAGAUCGAUGCUAAAGCCGCCACCGGCAGCUUAAUUUUACUAAGUAAUUUUCAAAUUUGAUAUUUUGUGCCUUCGUUAUUUAUUUUAUUUAUUGUAGAGUGUUUAGUGAUGUUUAAUUUAUUGAUUAGGUUAGAGUGUUGCCCAAUAAAUUCUAAUUUUGCGUA